ACGUCUCAGGCGCCAAUUCUCACUUCUGGGCGUUCUUUUCCGGCGCAUAUCUUUACACACCCCCCCUCUGGAAAAUCACUCUCGCAAUCUACGCCAACUUCGUCAAUUCCUAGGGUUUAUCGUCUCCAUCUCUCUCUCUAUAGAUAGGGUUUUUGAUUUUGCAUUCGACCGCUCGAAUCCCAAUUGUAUAAGCUCUUCUAGGGUUUCGCCUACACUUUUUCCAUACGUCCAUCAAUAUGGGUGAGUGGCAGUCACUUAUCCAAUCCAUUUUUCUUGGCCUCAUUUUCUCUUUCCUCCUUGCCAAGCUGAUAUCCAUCGUCGUAUCAUUCAAGGACGAUAAUCUGACUAUUACUCGCCGCAGUAUUAGUAGCAGCGACCAUCUAAGUAAUCGGAGCAAGAUAGAACCCGAUGUCAGCCCGUUUGCGCGCAGGCCUGAUGCCUAUGAAGGCGAGCACCAUGAGAUUGAAUCGGUCAUGGCGGAGCAGGGCAGCGUGAGAAAUGAAAGUGUGGACGGUGAUGACGACAGUGACGACGAUUGGGAGGGAGUGGAAAGUACAGAAUUGGACGAGGCCUUCAGUGCCGCAACGGCUUUUGUGGCUGCCGCUGCUGCUGAUCGGCUCUCGCAGAAGGUAUCCAGUGAUGUGCAGCUCCAGCUGUAUGGGUUGUACAAAAUUGCAACCGAAGGGCCCUGUAGUACGCCACAGCCUUCGGCACUGAAAAUGACGGCCCGAGCCAAAUGGCAAGCAUGGCAGAAAUUGGGUGCCAUGCCCCCUGAAGAUGCAAUGCAGAAAUAUAUUGAUAUUGUGACAGAGCUAUAUCCAAGCUGGUUAGAUGGCGCGGCUUUGAGGAGCAAAAGUGGAGAUGGUGUAGGCCCAAGUUCAGGGUCUUCAGAGUCUAAGGGACCAAUGGGGCCUGUAUUCAGCACUUUUGUGUAUGAAGAGGAAGCUGGCAGUGAUUUAAAAAUUGAUGCAAUUCAUGGAUUUGCCAGAGAAGGAGACUCCACUAAUCUGCUCAAGUGUAUUGACAGUGGUGUUUCAGUGAAUCUGAAGGACAGUGAGGGUCGGACACCAUUACAUUGGGCUGUGGAUCGAGGUCACCUUGAGGUCACAGGUCAGCUUGUUAGUAGGGAUGCUGAUGUAAAUGCCAAGGAUGAUGAUGGGCAGACUCCAUUGCAUUAUGCUGUUGUGUGUGAGAGAGAAGCCAUAGCUGAGUAUUUAGUGAAGCAUAAUGCUGACCCAGAUUUGAAGGAUAAUGAUGGCAGUUCGUCACGUGACAUCUGCAAGUCAAACUGGCCUUGCAUGCAACCUGUGGGGAAGUAAAUGAUUGAUUAUUAGGUCUUUUGCUGAUCUUGGCACUUGGCAAAUUCCUUCGGAUGUAUAUGUCUAUUCCUGGCAUCUUUAUGUUUUUCACUGUAGGCUAUGCCCGUGCAUCCGUAGGAUUUUCAUAAUCAAUUCGAUUUUGAUAUGUUCCUGUCCCUGCCUGCCAGAUCCCACAACGACCCCCCUUUUUUCCGGUUAUAUUUGAUGGAAAAAUCUGCACGAAAUUAGACCUGUAUUCUUGUGCGUUGCAUGAAAUCUAAAAGGAUGAGAUGCAUUAUUUAUGACUUGUGAAUAAUAUAUUUAUUAUAGAUUUUAUUACGUAGAUCUAUAUAUUGAUAUA